GUUCCCGGCAGCCCCUGCUCUCGGCUCUUGGCGCUCCCGCGCGUGUGUCUGUCCGAGACAGAGUCCGUCCCGGAGCAACCGCCAUUCCGUGUGUGAGCCGCGCCAUCAGUCCGCUCCGCUCUCGUACCGACCGACAGACACACACAGCACCGAGCAGUAGCGGCAUGAGUUUACCAUUGAAUCCGAAACCUUUCCUCAAUGGGUUGACUGGCAAACCGGUGAUGGUGAAGUUAAAGUGGGGAAUGGAAUACAAAGGUUACUUAGUUUCAGUUGAUGGGUAUAUGAACAUGCAGCUUGCAAACACAGAAGAAUAUAUUGAUGGUGCGUUAGCGGGUCAUCUUGGAGAAGUCCUAAUCAGGUGUAACAACGUUCUGUACAUUAGAGGCGUUGAGGAGGAGGAAGAAGAUGGAGAAAUGAGAGAGUAACUUUCCUUUUUGUUUGGAAGAAUAACCACGUGUACCAUUUUUUUAGUACUUUUUUUUAAUCCAGUAAACGAGAUGUUAUUUUUGGGACUGCACUGACUAGAUCAGACAGUUCUACUGUGCACCAAAAUGUCCAAGACAAACUAAUUUAAUUGUAGACAUAAACUAGAAGAGUUAAUAUGGCACUGUGAAUUCAGAUGUACCAGUAAAAACCCUUUUACAUCUUGA